AUGUUCGUUUCAAUUCUGGUUGACGGCUUAGGUGCCACCAUCGACGUCGGAGCGCUUGCGCCGAAGAUUGCGGCAGAGGGAUCGUUCUUUGGCCUGGUGACCGUGGCCCUCCGCAGCCGCUACAAGUUCGGUGCUUCGCGACCCGCUGUGGCUGCCGCCAUGACACUGACGCCAAAAAAGGUCCCAGAGCUGCAGGCCGUCGGCAUUGCCUCAGCAGAUGAUGAGGGAGAAGUCUCCAGCAGUGUCAG